UUUCAGUAAAACUUCAAAACCUUACCGAAAUCCUUUCAGGAUACUUUAAGAUUGAAUUACAUUUCAAUGAAUAUUAAUUACAAUAAGAAAGAAAGGAAAAUUAUAAUAUUCUUAUUCUCUCAUCCUUUUUUGUUUAUUAGUUGGAAUUCUAUGAAGAGAAAUUUGUCUUUACUCUGUAAUAACUCUAAGGAAAGAAUGGAAUAGGAAAGCUAGGAUAAACACACAGUUUCUCCCUAAAUACCACUAGUUUUAAAUAUAUUAAUAUUUAAGUUGUGUUUAGAAUUAUUCCAAAGUGACCAUGUGAUGUUUUAAUAGUGUUUUUAACUCAUAAAUUUUGUGACUUUAUAUGUUUCAACCAUUACUGUUUUAUAUGUUUCAACCAUUACAAUUAUUCUUACUGAUGCUCAAACUUUCCUAUAUUUGAUUAGCAGGAACCUGUUCAGGCUGGCUUCUGAAUCCUGUUGGCACAAUGUAGUCUUCAAGGCAUCCUAGCUCUUAUUUAUGACAAGAUAUUCCAGGCCCAUCUUGUAUCUUUACACCUGGUAUUAGUCACAUAUCUAGGAUCCAUGGUGCUUUUAUUUAUGGUGCUAGUUGCACUUAUUGCUACUUAGUUGAUCAUUGUUUCUAGACCUUUUCAGUGGAGAGAGCUAAUACACACUCACAUAGAUAUCUAUAUCUAUAUCUGUGUCUAUAUAUCUCCUGUAUAUAUGUAUACAUUUUUCCAGACCGAAAAACUCUUAACUCAAAUUUGGGUAUACAAAAUAUUCCCUAACCUCAUUGGAUCUUAUAUUGUAGAUUAUAUUUAAAGCCAUGAUAUCAGAUAAGGUCAUUAAGGAAGUAAAUAUAGACAGCAAAGAAGAUAUUCCACAGACUGAAUUUUGGAAUAUUCUAGCAAUGAAGACUAAGAGCAAAUGACCACUGAAGUAGGAGGAAAACCAGGGGUGUGUGAUGAAACCAAGUGAAUAAAAUGUAUCAAAAAGAAGGGCACAUUAAUGACAUACAAUUCUGCUAAUACCUCAAUUAAAAUGAGGUCUGGAUAUUGAUCACUGGAUUUAUAACUGUGAAUGCCUUUAAUGUUAUUGAUGAAAAUAUUUGCAUUGGAGUGGUAAAGGCAAAACCUGAUUAGAGUUGGUGAAAAAUGAACUGGAGACGAGGAAAUAUAUACCAGGAAUACGACUAAAGUUUGGGCUUAGAAUCAUGGACUGUAGGAGAAAGAAGGAAGACAGCUAAUAGCAAUGUACCUUUGGGUAGAGAGUAGAUGUCAUGAGGACAGAGUGUAAUAUUUCUCCCAAUAUUUCUGUUUUGUUAGUAAAUUUCCUAGACAAGAUCAUCAGCUAAUAAUCAGGGUGCAGCCAGAAAUGAAGAUUUGAGAGAGGUAAAGUGAUUGGGUCAUUAAAAAUAUUACGUCUAGCAAUGCCUCUAUGACUCAGUGAGUUUAGUGUUAUAAAUAUAAAAUAAGCCCUAAGGGCAUGUUACUGAGUUGUUCUUCAAUCAUUUAAAACAGUGCGGAUGCAAAUACUAAGGAGAAAGAAAGUGGAUUUAACUGAGGUGAGGUUUGCCUGGGAAGAUCAAUAAAUUGAAAGAGAAACAGGAGAAUUGAGGGUAUACAGAAGGAAGUGAUUAAAAUAAUUGCAUGAAAAAAUUCAAGUAAGGAGGAAAAUGAAAAUACGAGUGUCUUGGCUUGAAUUGUGUCUCCCAAAAAGAUAUGAGGAAGUCCUAACUCCCGUACCUGUGAAUGUCACCUUUUCUGAAAAGAGAGUCUUUGCAGACCUUAUCAAGUUAAGAUGAGGUCAUGAGGGUGGUCCCCAGUCAAAGAUGACUAGCGUCUUUUUAAGAACAGAAGACAGAGACAUAAAGGGAGAAGAUGGCCAUGUGGUAACAGAAGCAGCUGUUGGAGUGAUACACCUAUAAAACAAGGAGUUCAGGCUGUCAGCAAACACCAGGAGGUGGAAGAGAAAGCUUUAUCACGUGUGGCCUUAAACUUGCAGCAAAUUGCAAAGAAAUGGCUCAAAAGCUUCAGCUCCUUCUGUGCCCUGGGAGCUGAGAUGCACGUCAGUGGCCUUGCCAGCGUGGCCAAUUCUCUGCUGACUGCCAGAAAAUAGAGGCCAGGAAGAAAGAGGAAAGAGAAGAGAUCGCUCAGGGUCUGUGGUGUGUGGUCCAUCCUCUCGCUGAGCACAUUGAAAGGAACUGACUAUCUUUGAUCGCUACCUCCAGAUCAGAGUCAAGGAAUGUGUUUAUAAUGGACACUUCAUCCAAAGAAAAUAUCCAGUUAUUCUGCAGAACUUCAGUGCAACCUGUUGGAAGGCCUUCUUUCAAAACAGAAUAUCCCUCCUCAGAGGAAAAGCAACCAUGCUGCGGUGAACUAAAGGUGUUCUUGUGUGCCUUGUCUUUUGUUUACUUUGCCAAAGCAUUGGCAGAAGGCUAUCUGAAGAGCACCAUCACUCAGAUAGAGAGAAGGUUUGAUAUCCCUUCUUCACUGGUGGGAGUUAUUGAUGGUAGUUUUGAAAUUGGGAAUCUCUUAGUUAUAACAUUUGUUAGCUACUUUGGAGCCAAACUUCACAGGCCAAAAAUAAUUGGAGCAGGGUGUGUAAUCAUGGGAGUUGGAACAUUGCUCAUUGCAAUGCCUCAGUUCUUCAUGGAGCAGUACAAAUAUGAGAGAUAUUCUCCUUCCUCCAAUUCUACUCUCAGCAUCUCUCCGUGUCUUCUAGAGUCAAGCAGUCAAUUACCAGUUUCAGUUAUGGAAAAAUCAAAAUCCAAAAUAAGUAACGAAUGUGAAGUGGACACAAGCUCUUCCAUGUGGAUUUAUGUUUUCCUGGGCAAUCUUCUUCGUGGAAUAGGAGAAACUCCCAUUCAGCCUCUGGGCAUUGCCUACCUGGAUGAUUUUGCCAGUGAAGACAAUGCAGCUUUCUAUAUUGGGUGCGUGCAGACGGUUGCAAUUAUAGGACCAAUCUUUGGUUUCCUGUUAGGCUCAUUAUGUGCCAAACUAUAUGUUGACAUUGGCUUUGUAAACCUAGAUCACAUAACCAUUACCCCAAAAGAUCCCCAGUGGGUAGGAGCCUGGUGGCUUGGCUAUCUAAUAGCAGGAAUCAUAAGUCUUCUUGCAGCUGUGCCUUUCUGGUAUUUACCAAAGAAUUUACCAAGAUCCCAAAGUAGAGAGGAUUCUAAUUCUUCCUCUGAGAAAUCCAAGUUUAUUAUAGAUGAUCACACAGACUACCAAACAUCCCAGGGAGAAAAUGCAAAAAUAAUGGAAAUGGCAAGAGAUUUUCUUCCAUCACUGAAGAAUCUUUUUGGAAACCCAGUAUACUUCCUAUAUUUAUGUACAAGCACUGUUCAGUUCAAUUCUCUGUUCGGCAUGGUGACAUACAAACCAAAGUACAUUGAGCAGCAGUAUGGACAGUCAUCCUCCAGGGCCAACUUUGUGAUCGGGCUCAUCAACAUUCCAGCAGUGGCCCUUGGAAUAUUCUCCGGAGGGAUAGUUAUGAAAAAAUUCAGAAUCAGUGUGUGUGGAGCUGCAAAACUCUACUUGGGAUCAUCUGUCUUUGGUUACCUCCUAUUUCUUUCCCUGUUUGCACUGGGCUGUGAAAAUUCUGAUGUGGCAGGACUAACUGUCUCCUACCAAGGAACCAAACCUGUCUCUUAUCAUGAACGAGCUCUCUUUUCAGAUUGCAACUCAAGAUGCAAAUGUUCAGAGACAAAAUGGGAACCCAUGUGCGGUGAAAAUGGAAUCACAUAUGUAUCAGCUUGUCUUGCUGGUUGUCAAACCUCCAACAGGAGUGGAAAAAAUAUUAUAUUUUACAACUGCACUUGUGUGGGAAUUUCAGCUUCUAAAUCCGGAAAUUCCUCAGGCAUAGUGGGAAGAUGUCAGAAAGACAAUGGAUGUCCCCAAAUGUUUCUGUAUUUCCUUGUAAUUUCAGUCAUCACAUCCUAUACUUUAUCCCUAGGUGGCAUACCUGGAUACAUAUUACUUCUGAGGUGCAUUAAGCCACAGCUUAAGUCUUUUGCCUUGGGUAUCUACACAUUAGCAAUAAGAGUUCUUGCAGGAAUCCCAGCUCCAGUGUAUUUUGGAGUUUUGAUUGAUACUUCAUGCCUCAAAUGGGGAUUUAAAAGAUGUGGAAGUAGAGGAUCAUGCAGAUUAUAUGAUUCAAAUGUCUUCAGGUACCAAAUCAAAAGCAUUCCCGCAUCUCACUGCUACAGCAUCCCAGAUUUACACAAUGCCACUGACACUAACAAGUUUUCAUGUCAUUUCACUGCUUGUAAGACAUAUAUAUCUGGGACUAACUGUGAUACUGGGCACAGUGUCAAUUCUGCUAAGCAUUGCAGUACUUUUCAUUUUAAAGAAAAAUUAUGUUUCAAAACACAGAAGUUUUAUAACCAAGAGAGAAACAACAAUGGUGUCUACAAGAUUCCAAAAGGAAAAUUACACUACAAGUGAUCAUCUGCUACAACCCAACUACUGGCCAGGCAAGGAAACCCAACUUUAGAAACAUGAUGACUGGAAGUCAUGUCUUCUAAUUGGUGGACAUUUUGCAAACAAAUAAAUUGUAAUCAAAAGAGCUCUAAAUUUGUCAUUUCUUUCUCCUUUCAAAAAAUGGCUACUUUGUUUUUGGCCCUAGGCAUUAGGUAAUAUAACUGAUAACAAAUAUACUGAAACAUAUAACAGAAGAUGCAGAUGAUAAAACUAAUUUUGAACUUUUAAAUUUAUAUAAAUUUUUAUAUCAUUUACUUAUUUCACUUUAUUUUGCCUUGUGCUCAUUGAUAUAUAUUAGCUGUACUCCUAGAAGAACAAUUGUCUCUAUUGUCACACAUGGUUAUAUUUAAAGUAAUUUCUGAACUGUGUAAUGUGUUUAGAGUAAGAAAAUACUGCUAACAAUUAACUCAUACCUUGGGUGCCUUCGAGUAUUACUCAUAUAGUAUUUUCUCCCAUAGCUGUCUUCAUCUGUGUCUUUUAAUAAUGAUCUUAGGAUGGAGCAGAACAUGGAGAGGAAGAUUUCAUUUUAAGCUCCUCCUUUUCUUUGAAAUACAAUAAUUUAUAUAGAAAUGUGUAGCAGCAAAUUAUAUGGGGAUUAGAAUUUUGAAUUAAUAGCUCUUCUGCUAUUCAUCUACAUGUGCUUUUUGUGUGGCGCUGUAAGUGACUAUGGUUGUAAAAUAAUAAAAUUGAUGUUAACAUGCCCUAUUGUUCUUUUAUGAAUUCAAUGAAUUUAAAACUAUUGUUAAAUAUAAUACUGCCCCUACUUUAAUAUAUGUAAGCAACUUCCUACUUAUAUACAUGAUGUGUUCCUAAAACAUGUUUGAAAGGUGAAUUUCUGAAAGUCUACAAUAAAUGUAGGUGUUACAACAGGAAA